UGAACACAGUCCUUUAUGCCGGAAAUGACUACUUUGCAUGUGCGAUGGAACCUUUACCUAUAAAGGCCUGUGUAACUUAUUUUGCUUUGACAGAUUCUUAGAAAAGACUAUCCGGACAGCUGUCGAACAACAUCUGUUUGAUGUUCAUGGCUCUAGUGGUCAAAGUUCUGAAGAAUCUGAAUCUGGAACAUCAUUAACAUCUUCUGGUGUAUCUAGUGGGCAGCGCAGGCGACAUCAUAAAGAACAAGAUGAAGGCCGAAAGGCCAGAGAUAGGGAGGUCAUCAAUAAAGAGAAUAUCCCUUCUGGCUUCAGUAGCAUUGAAGAGUGUAUGUUAAAUGCUCAGGAAGUGGAAAAAUGCCACGAGAACAGUUCUGGUUACAUAGGCGAAAGAAGUAAACCAAAACGUCAGAAAUCCAGCACCAAACUAUCUGAGUUUAACGACAACCAAGAGAGUUCUUUGGCGAUGGAAACUUUUGGUUCCUUGAAACAUGUGGAUGGAAGAGGACCAGAUGAAAUGGAGGUGUUUUCUGAAGAAAGCAAAGACGGCAGAAAUGAGGAUGAUUUGUUGAUGCACAAUCAGAGCUCAAAUAUGAAGAUCCAGGAACAUCCCGGCGUUCCUGAAGUCAAGUUGCAGAGGAACCAAGAAAUAGAUGGCCAGGAAGACACUUUCAUACCAGAAAUCCCACAUCUGGACCUGUCAACCUUGUGCAGUGACAACUGGGAAGGUAGGACUGCUUGGCAUGACUUUCCUUCUAGGCGAAGAAGUUCUUCUUUGGGAUCUUAUGAAGAUGACAGUGAAGAUUUGACACCAGCACAGUUAACUCGCAGAAUUCAAGGACUGAAGAAAAAGAUCAGGCGGUACGAAGAUAAAUUUGAGGAGGAGAGAAAGUAUAAACCCUCUCACAGUGACAAAGCAGCCAAUCUCGAGGUGCUGAAAUGGACAAAUGACCUUGCAAAGUUUAGGAAGCAACUAAAAGAGUCAAAACUGAAACUGUCAGAAGAAGAUCUGGCUCCUAGGACACGCCAACGUAGCAACACACUCCCCAAAAGUUUUGGCUCUCAGCUGGAAAAGGAGGAAGAGAAACACGAUGUCUCUGAUAAGUCAUCUAAGCCUUCAGUGGAGACAACUUUGGAAUCCAUGCAGAAGAAGCUCCAGGAGAAAAGGACAGAAGCAAAUCGACCUGAGGAUAUUAAGGAUAUGACUCGAGAUGAGAUAGCAUCAGAGAAAGUGGCCCUUCAGAAAUCCCUCCUCUAUUAUGAAAGCAUCCAUGGAAGACCAGUAAGUAUAGUAAUUUUUGUAUCAAAUGGGCUCAGUGUUUCGGUAAAUGCAAUUGUCUGGCUAUUAAAUGUGAGAACAUGUCCCCGUUCAUUAAAAUAUACAAAGAAAAGUAGCAAUACAGUGAUGUUGAGGACUGGCUUGGUAUCAUUGUGGACAGUAAUUAUAAUUGGUGCUUAGAUUAAAAGAAUAGAAUAGAAUCUAGAAUACUUUUAUUCGGCCAAGUGUGAUUAGACAGACAAGGAAUUUGUCUCUGGUGAAGAAGCUCUCAAUGUACGUGCAAAGAAACAGAGUAAUAAUAAUCAUAAUAUCACUGUUAUGAACAGGGACACACAUUCAACUUUGCAGCUGCCAGGAUUGUUGGACGAGCAGGUACAAAAACAGCCAUGGAAGUGAUUGAAGCCUGGGAAACAGGGCCCUCGUCAGUCAACAGGAGUGCUGAUUCAAGUACUUCAAAGGCGAGGGCUGGGCAGCACAAUCAAACGACAGCUAAUGCCUUGAAAGCCAGCCAUCA